UUUGCACUCAGUGAAAAUUUCAUCACCGUUGUAGACAGUUCAUUUCCGAAAGUACGCGGACGAAUUUGAGAUCUCAAAUAUUUUAACACAUAAUUUGGUUCAAGUUUUGGUUCAUAAAAUAAAAAAAAUUCAAAUAAAAAAUUAUUGUAGAGUUUAGUAAAAAUUCAAAAAUUAUUUCAAAACCGUUAAUCGAUAAAAAAUUAAAUAUUGAAAUUCAUGUACGCUAAGUCAAGGCGAACCACAACAAUAACAACAACAACGGCAACGACAAGUACAAGCGAUUAACGCAUUAAGCCAAUUGCAAGUAGAGCCGAAAAACCUACUCACCUACUUUCGGUCGCACACAGCGCCCACAGGAUACACACAUAGCUACAUACACGAACGCAGCGCAGCGCCGCAGUGCAAAGCAUUUGGGCGUGACUGUCAGGCAUUUCAACGACUCAGCACUCAACGACGACGGACAAGUAAGCGCGCCGCAGCAGCAACAACAACCGCCGUGUGGAAAUCCUAUUUAAUAAAACACUUUUGUGUGCUCAAUUUGCCAACUUCCUGUGUAUCCGUAGCGUUUAACAACGGUAUAAGCGCUCACGCCUAUUAAGGCAUUUAGCUCUGGUUAAGGUACAGUUGAACACCGACAGACAGCGAGACAGUUGAGCGCACGUGUGCAAAGCGUCUCGAACUGAACAGCGCAGCACUGUUCGGUUAACUCGCAGUUUUCUGCCAAUAUUAGCGCUAUAGCAACUGCUGGGUGUGGGCGAUACUGCGCCCCGCCACCGCAGUGAUGCAAGCAAAUUUCGAUUCCAACGUCACAGAAAAGGAGCCUAAAACCAGCACCCUGAAUUUCUCAUCGUUCAAAUCAAGCUUUACUUCCAAUGUUAAUUUCCUGAAGAGAAGAUUUAGCUCGGGAGACCUAUCUUCCGAGCAUGACGAUGUCGACCCCAGUCAACUGCCGCCUGCUGCGCGGCCCAUUCAGGAUCAGCCAACGAAGCCGCCAAUUAGCAGUGGCGGUCCACCGGUUAUGCCACCACCGCCAGCACCGGGCGUUCCGGCAGCCGGCACUGGCGCUGCCGGUGCUCCCGGCGGUCCGGAGUUGUCGCUGAGUUUCGGUGGUGGCAAGACGGCGGCACCAGCACCACCGCGCGGCGUUAGCGCCCCAACCAGCCCGGCGAAGUCGCGCGAGAGCUUGCUACAACGUGUGCAGAGUUUGACGGGAGCAGCACGUGAUCAAGGCGCUUCCAUUUUGGGUGCUGCGGUGCAGAGUGCCACACGAGCGCCAACCUUCAACAAGGACAAGUACUUCACGUUGCUCGUACUCGACGACCAAAACACCGACUGGUCGAAGUAUUUCCGCGGCAAACGGCUACAUGGCGAUUUUGAUAUACGUGUGGAGCAAGCUGAGUUCCGGGACAUUUCGCUUACUGCCAGCGCCGAAACUGGACCCAUUAUUUCCAUGGCUGUCUACCGUGGCGGCACUAGGGUGGCACGCUCAUUCCGACCAGACUUUGUGCUGAUACGUCAACCACCACGUGACGGUUCCAAUGACUAUCGCUCGACCAUUAUCGGGCUCAAAUAUGGCGGUGUGCCCAGCAUUAAUUCGUUGCAUUCGAUUUAUCAAUUUCAGGACAAACCUUGGGUAUUCGCUCACUUGCUGCAAUUGCAACGUCGCUUGGGUCGCGACGCUUUUCCACUGAUCGAGCAGACAUUCUUCCCCAAUGCUAGGGAUUUGUUCAGUUGGACUAAGUUCCCGUGUGUUUUGAAGGCAGGUCAUUGCCACGGUGGUGUGGCCACCGCUCGGCUCGAGAAUCAGAGCGCUCUACAAGACGCAGCCGGCCUUGUCACCGGUUCGGGCAACGAUGCGCACUGCUAUUGCACCAUUGAGCCAUACAUCGAUGCUAAGUUCGAUGUGCACAUUCAGAAGAUCGGAAAUAAUUACAAGGCCUUCAUGCGCAAAUCGAUCUCAGGCCAUUGGAAAACUAAUCAAGGCUCAGCGAUGCUCGAGCAAAUCACGUUAACCGAGAAGUACAAGUCCUGGGUGGAUGAGAUUUCUGAACUCUUUGGCGGCAUGGAAGUAUGUGGCAUUUCCGUGGUGGUCGGCAAAGACGGCCGUGAGCAUAUAAUCAGCGCUUGCGAUUGUACAUUCGCUCUAAUUGGCGAUAGUCAGGAAGAAGAUCGGCGCCAGAUCGCCGAUUUAGUUUCGGCACGAAUGCAAAAUGUCUGCCGCCCAAGCAUGGCACAGACUGGUGGACCACCACAUGGUAUCCGCCAACCAUCACGCUCAUCUAUUUCCUCGCGUGGUGAGAGUCCUACCGAGGAUAUGGCACCGACACCACCGGCACCCGCCGGUCCACGCCCCGCGCCAAUGGGUGGUCCACCACCAAUACCGGAGCGCACUUCACCAGCAGUCGGCUCAAUUGGACGCCUCAGUAGCCGCAGCAGCAUUUCCGAGGUACCUGAGGAGCCAACUGCACCGGCUCCGACCAGUGUACCCGGCAGCGCGGGCGGUGUGGUCCGUCGUGAUUCACAAACAUCGCAGGCAUCGAGCGUAUCGUCAGCCUCCAGGGUCUCGGCACGUCCUCCGCAAACUCAAAGUUCCGUUGUUGAAGAUGCGGAGGACACAAUGAAGAAUUUGCGUAAGACCUUCGCGGGGAUAUUUGGUGACAUGUAGGAAUUAGCGAACAAGAAACGCGGAAGAACAGCUAGCGAGACAAGCAGCGGUGGCGGCGGUGGACCAGGCAGUGCUGGCGGCAGUGGCAUAAGCGGUAUCAGUACUGGUUCAUUUCUAGGCAAGCAAUUCUCGUUUGCUAGUGGCGGUGGCAAGUCGGUUAGCGGCAGCACAUCAAGCGUUGCCUCAGAUGUGAUCUCAGCACAACCGUCACCAAAACUACCAGCUGAGAAGCCAUACGAUGCACGCUCGGACACCUCAACGAACUCCACAUUGACAGCGGGCAGCAUGAGCGUUAGCGCCAGCUCCGCUGCUAGCUACAGCAGCAAGCCAUCUUCCAGCGUUUUAGAUACAUUCCAAGAGGAGAACAAAUACAAGCCAGUCACCAAUUUUGAGCCACAGGAGCGUGUUAAUCCCUUCGAUAAGGGCGCACUAAAAACUUCCGCAACCAAUCAAACUAUCGGUAGCGCUGUCUCCACCACAUCAUCUUCAUCGAUCUCAUCCUCAUCGAUUUCGUCGCGCAUCAAUCGUAACGGUAAUAUGGGUAUUAAGUCACCACCACCACCGGCUGGACCACCACCGCCACCACCGACAGGCGCUGUCGCCAGCAGCAGCUAUCGCAACUCAAUCUCGACCACGCCACCAAGUGUCGGCAAGGAUAACCGCACCUUUAACUACGGCAGCUCAACUUCCAUUGAGACCAUAACACGCAUGGAUACCAAUACAACCACCACCACAACAGCUGGUCCAAGCAGUGAUGCCGCCGCUGCUAUUGGUGCAAUUGCUGAUGAUGCCAACAAUACAACUGGAAUCGCUGGCGCUACUGCUUCUGCGAGCGGUGGCCCUGACUGGAAAUCGAAGAUGGGCAUACGUUCGGCAAGCGUAUACAGCGCGCCAGCCGCCGUCAGCACCACUUUACCAGCAGCUGGCGAUACCUCCGGCUAUGCAUCCAACUCGAGCCCCGCCUCGAACGCCUACAAUACCACAGCCGAUCUGCCAUCGUACACACGACCAUCAUAUUCGCGCUCCGAGAGCAAUGCUUCCAACAAACAAUCCGAUUUGGACAUAAUCUUUGGCGACACCAACAACACUAAGCCUAGUUAUGCUAACGGCAAGUACACACGCGCUAGCGGUUCACUCUCCGAUGCCGAACUCAUCUUCGGCGGACCACCGACCAAUUACAAGGCCGAUCGGUUUGGCGCCUCCAAGAGCAUGAGCGUCACAUCAGAGCGCAGCAACGAUGGCAAUGGCAGCUACAAUUCAUACCGCACCUACGAGGGUAUACAAAAUGCGGCCUUCAGCGAUUUUAGUGAUUCGCCGAAGACGGGCAGUAUUAGCAGCAUAAAUUCGUAUGGCAACACGAAUCGUUGGAACAAGCCAACUGUUGAAGAGGAUGACGAAUUGGAUUUGAAGUAGGACAGGGUAAUAAACCUUAGCAAAAUUAAAGUUCGUUGAAAUGCUGGUCUAUAAUAUAUAUGUACAUGUAUAAAUGUGUAUAUACAUACAUGACCAGCGAUUGAAAAACGCAAACUUUAAGUUAUAAUAGAAAAGUAAAAUUGAAUAGAUAUAUAUGAAGAGUAAUCAACACAUACACAUGCGCAUCUUUCGCCUCUGAAGUUUCCUGGUUUCAUAGUGGAAAGAAUCCUUCAUAGCAGCAAGCGUAGAUCAAUAUUAUGGUUUUUGUUUUAUUUGAUUUUUAUUUCAAAUACUUUAUUUUCUUUGCUUAGAAAUUAUAGUUAAAUUUGAUUUUGAAAAAAUUGUGCUUCAAAUUACUUUUUCCUUUACGAAACAUAUUGGACUUGUUUUGAGUAUUCGUGAAGUUCUAUGAGUAAAUAAUUUGAGAGAAAAUUAAGAACUACCUUUAAACACUCAUCAAACGUUAACUACGACAUCAAUUUCCAGCACAAAGUCAUUUAUGAAAAGCUCUAUCUCUCUCUCUUUUACCGGAUAGAGCUGAAAGUGUUAUUGGAUAAUCUCUGGGAGACGGUUGUAUUAAGAAAUACGGUAUUCGAGAGUUCGGUUAUUCAUUAAUUAUUAGAUUUGCUAUUAAAAGUAAGUCUCAAGUCCAAGUUGUGUCGGAGAAUUUUUAAAUUAUGUUUUUUGUAAUUUUAGAAAAGUAAUUUUUUUUCUAAAUGUAUACUCAAUGUAUAUCAGGUUUAUUAAAAUUAAUAAAGUAUUCUAAAAAAUUUUUAAACGCUUUUGCUUAUAUAUCUGCGAUUUUAUUUUAUUAUUCAUGAUAUUUAAUUUAAGUCAAUUCUUAAUUUUUUUUUUUAAUUUUAAUUUUGAAAUAAAAAAACGAUUUUAGCAAAAUAAUUAAAGUUCGAAUAUUUUAUUUAAAAAACUCUAAUCUCUUAAACUUUAUAUUUAAUCGAUUAAUUAGCAGUCAUUAAAAUUAUUCAUCUAAACAUAAAUGAAUUUUCGAAAAUCAUUUUUAAAAAGUAGUUACUCAAAUAACACAUACAACUACCACCUAUUUACUCAACAUUAAAUACUUAAAAACAAAACAUACAAAUCACUAUACGAGUACUAUAUAGAAAUAUAAACACAAUACAAUAAUAUUGACACUAGAUGUAUGUGAAAGAAAGCGAGAGAAAAAGUG